ACCUGCAUUACUUUCCUAAUCUCCUCCAACACCUUCCUUACACCUCUUCAUCUCAUCUUUUCCGAAUCCCGACACCUCCUUAAAAUCUCACUUUCUAAAUCUCCAUACCAAGCAAAAGAACCCGCCAAAAUUCAACCAUGAAGUUCUCCUUUCACCUCUUCACCAUCGCCAUCUGCCUCACACUUUCACACGCCUCCGCUCGCUUCUUCCCUAACAUAACCAACAUACCACCGUGGCUCCUCCCUAACGUCACCGUCAAUACCACACCCACCACCGCUUGGGACGCCUUUCAGAAGUUCGGUAACUGCCGCCCGGGUGAGAAAGUCGACGGUUUGGCCAAGCUAAAGAAGUACUUCAACUACUUCGGCUACAUUCCCAACCUCCCUACCAACUGCACAGACGAAUUUGACGAUGAGCUUCAGUCGGCUCUCAAGACCUACCAGAAGAACUUCAACCUCAACGUCACCGGCGAGCUCGAUGACCAGACCAUCAACCACCUCGUGCGUCCCCGCUGCGGCAACCCCGACAUCGUCAACGGCACGACCACAAUGCACUCCGGCAAGCCGGUGACGUUUAACAACUCCAAGCUCCACACGGUCGGUCACUACUCUUUCUUCCCUGGAACUCCGGUCUGGCCAACAGGCCGGCGUGACUUGACGUUCGCGUUCUUGCCGGACAACGAGCUUUCAGACGAGGCAAAAUCCGUGUUCGUCGGCGCCUUUCAAAAAUGGUCGACGGUCAUUCCUAUGACCUUCACCGAGACGACUUCGUACUACUCGGCCGACAUUAAGAUCGGCUUCUACGUCGGCGACCACGGCGAUGGCGAGGCCUUCGACGGCGUUCUGGGGACUCUGGCGCACGCGUUCUCACCCCCGAGCGGGUUGUUCCACCUCGACGGCGACGAGAACUGGGUCAUCGGAGGUGACAUCAGCACGUCGACGGUGACGUCAGCCAUCGACUUGGAGUCAGUAGCGGUUCAUGAGAUAGGGCACUUAUUAGGGUUGGGGCACUCGUCGGUAGAGGAGUCGAUCAUGUACCCUACCAUCACGUCGAAGACAAAGAAAGUUGAUCUUGCAAACGACGACGUUGAGGGGAUUCAGUCGCUCUACGGCGUCAACCCCAGUUACGACGGCACCACUACGUCGUCUACGCCGUCCACUCAGGCAAGGGAAACGUCGGCAGGUAGGGACCGCAGGGCUUCACGGUGGGGCGUCGGAGGAGGGCUUGUGGCCGUUGGAUUAGUGCUGCUGUCGUUUUGAUUCUUUUAUUGGUUUGGAUAUAUUGGAGUAUGGGGUAUAUUAGUCAGACAUUAAUCAUUGAUAUUUGUUAUUGUUUUGGAUUUUAGAUUGUAAUACAUUUGACAUUUCUGUAUAUAUACACACGGACGUACACCUUCAGAAAUAUCUGGUUUCUUCAAGAU